UCCAAUGCCGGAUGAAACAAAAACAUCCCUAAACAAAGUUGUAAACAAACCUUUGUUCCUCUCUCUCUCUCUCUCUCUCUCUCUCCUUCUUUCUCUAUCUAUCUCUGUUCACAUAUGAUCAAAGUGUCCAUGGAUUAAGUCCACUUCAUCUUUAAUCUCUCUUUCUCUCAUAUGAUCAGUGUUCAAGGACUAGCUAGGUCCUCUUCAAUCUGUUCCUUCAAAGUAUACAGUUUAUAUAGGAGGCUUCUGUGAGGAUCAACUCAGAGACAUGUUAGAGUAUUUCAAUGAUCGGCUACAUGGAAGGGGGAGGAUUGAGGCAACUUCAUCAUCAAUGGUUUGUAUUUAAUUAGGACAAUGAAAAAUCAAAUAAAGCAAUAGAACAAUUGAAGAAGAAACUCAAUUCUGGGAAGUGAUAUAAAGAACAUUGAAGUAGCCAUGACAGAAGGAUUAGAAGCUUAUGAUGAAGAAAAGAGUGAUAGGAGCGAGGAACAUGCCGAAAACACAUCUGUAGUGUCUUCACAAAUGUGUUCAUCUUUUGACUUAAAUGAAGAAGCCAGUAGUCAAGAGGAUGAUAAUAUUGCCAAAGUAGGUGAACUCAGCAUUGAAGAUGAUGUGAAUGGAACAGAUGGGAAUUCAGCCAAUAAUGAUACCUCCGGUGAAGGAAAUGAAAAGAGGGCUAGAGUUAGGCAGUACGUUAGAUCCAAAAUGCCUCGGCUUCGAUGGACUCCUGACCUCCAUCUGUCUUUUGUUCAUGCUGUUGAAAGGCUUGGGGGACAAGAGAGAGCAACUCCCAAGUUAGUUCUUCAGCUAAUGAACGUGAGAGGACUUAGUAUUGCCCAUGUAAAGAGUCACUUGCAGAUGUACAGAAGUAAGAAGCUUGACGAGGCCGGGCAAGUACUAGGUCAAACCUACAGACCAUUUCAUGGUAGAAAUAGUGUUCAUGCAAUGUUGAACCAAACAAGCAGCACUCAUCGACACUUCAGAAUGGCGAAUGGUGGAAUAGUUCUGACGAGACAUUCUGAUGACUACAAUGUUGCUCAUGGUCUUUUGCCAUCUCUACACUCCCAACAGCUGCCAGUAGAUUUCAAAGCUAGCUUCCCAAGGCAGCAGCAGUGGCCUACUAAUCAGCAUGUCAUAACAAGGCCAUGUUAUCUAACAAACAAUGAUCUUGGACGAGAAAAGGGUUUGAUGAGUUCCACAACCUUCCAAACUCAAGCCAAGUCAAUAGCUUCAAACCAAAUUCAUGCAAUGGAUAUUAACAUGCGAAUUGGACCCAUGAGACCAAGCCGAUUUCUUGAGGAAAAGAGAUGGCCUCCAAUCGAUAUGAUUAAUAAUAGUCAAUGGAAAGUAAACAGAACUUCCAACACGUGGGACAGUACUAGCACCCAGUCACUAGGGCAUCGUACUACUGGCGGCAAGUUUAUUGGGGAAACCUACAGUGCUACAAGGCCUACUGAAUGGAACCUUGGAAAUAACACGAUAGUUAGGCAAUUCCUAUCAACUUCAGAUGAUCUUGUCAGCAAUUCUAAUAGCUUUAAACCAGAGUUUGCACCCCCAUUUCGGCUUGAGUUGAAUCAAGAGAAAAUGUUGGACAAAGGACGGUUGCCUGAUUUGCAACUUAGACUUAGCCAUAGAGUCGGGAAGGAGGAUGAAGGCGCUCAUGACAAAGGCAAAAGCACACAUGAAAUUAGCACCAAGCUUUCCCUUUCUUAGCUCAUAUUCAUCGAGGAAACUUGCACAAUCUAGUCACAAAUUCAUACAGAUUCCAGACACAUAACAAGGCCAAACUUGAGGGCGAGUACUUACGAUCUGACUAUGUAAAAAGAAAAAGGAAAACCACCAUAGAGUUAGAUCGUUCUAGGUGCUUGUCUUAAAGCCAUUACAAGCAUACUAAUGCUUUUGUUGAUUCCUUGGUCUAUAUCAGUUUUGCAUAAAGGUAAACUCAACAUCAAAUUGUAGAGGACAAUGAGUCUUUGUCUAGUCAUGUUUUUUGAUGACUAAGUUUGGUGCAAAAAGUGCUGUGACUUGUGAGCUACGAGAUUGUUUGUUUUGUUUUUA